AUGGACUCCAUCAAACAAUAUCUCUACUUUGCGCUGGUGUUGGCGUUCGUGCUGUACCGCGCAAAUCAACGGGCCAACAAGGCCAGACAGGAGAGAGAAGAGACGAAACACAAACAGAAAGAGAAAGAAAAGGCCGGCGGGGAUAGCAGCGGGAAGAGCGGCGGCCACGCGACCCAAACGCGAACCCCGGAUCGCGAUCCCCCCGCAACAUGGAGUGUCAUCGAGGCGGUUUCCGACGACUUUGACAUUGCCACCUGUGCUCCUCGGCCCUACCGUCCGUUCAAGGCUGGCAAAUACCACUUGACUAUGGGUCUGCAAAAGUGCGACGCCAGCGACUGGAUCUUGCUGGAAAACACGUACAAACGGCGAACGGCUUACCGCCGAAAACAGCUCAAGGAACAUCCCGAGAUCGCCUGUCUUGUUCAGGAAGGACCCGAGGUCGAUGCGGCUGUUCAUGAGUACUACGAGUACAUGUGGUACUAUUUGAGCGAGCGGUAUCCCAAAUACUUCACCAAGGAGACUGUUGAUGGCGUUGAAUGGUGCCAUAAUAGUCUGUGGGACGAAAAGUACCCCAUGAGUGCCCAGAAAUGUCUGGAUUUGGGGCUCGCAAAAGGUUCACGUGACUUGGCUAUGAUCUGUUCGUCUACCCAUGAAGAGGACUUUCUCCUCAUGACUCUGGAUGAGACCCACGAUCCCCCCAUGUACCGCAUGCGAGCAGUGUCUUCCUGUUUCCCGGCAGGAUUCAAUCCAGCAGACAAGAUUGGGCUGACUUUGAGAAACAUCCAUGGGCCUGUGCCUGGAUACAAGCAGCGUCUGGAUCUGUCCAUGAACAAGUUCUUUGCCAAGUUCCAGGCGGGAAAUUUUGUCCAGCGGCAAAACUGGGGCAUUCAAUGCGACGACGCCUUGUUUGACUAUGAGAAUUACGCGGGGUUUGACGCUGAGAAGGACAACGAGCCCUAUGAGGCCCAUGAGGUGGAUUUCAACGAAUGGGCCCUGCGGGUGGAGAGACAAGUCUUGACUCGACUGCCCAAAACCGGAGCCAUGUGUUUUGUCAUCAGAUGCUACACAACUCCUGUAUCUGUUAUUCGAGAAGAGCCACGUGCGCCGGAUCUCAUUGACGCCAUUGACCAACUGCCAAUUGAAGACAAGGUGUACAAGGGAGCACAUGUCUGGGGUCCUGUUCUGCAGCAGUAUUUGAGGAGAGAGGUGGAGGGUAAGGGCGUUGGGGAUAACCCGAUUGAGAGGAUUUGCUGA